UUUUAUUUUCUUAAACACGCUGAUCUGGGGUUUGACAUUGGCUUGUCAAUUCUGUACCAUUCUGUUGUCAUCUAAACCACUUCUGGAUCCUGCCUGUCCGGGACGCAGCCACCAAGCAAUUAGGGAGGCAGGCGGUUACGAAAAAGAAAAAUACCCCAAAAACGAACCUAAUUUAGAGGGCAAGGGCCGGAAUCCCUCUAAAUACCUCCUCCACUGCCAAUAUGUCAGAUGAGCACCUCGCUCGUCAGACAGCCUCGAGCUUCGAUAGGCUCGAAAACUUCAACUUUCUUCUCUCUCGACACGAUCCUAACUUGGCCAAGAGUCGUCACUAUUCCUUUGACGCAGAUUCUGCCGGCCUGGCUGCCUUUUCGAAUCUGAACAUGGAUUACGAUCAGACUGAGGGGAUGGGCGGUCUCUCCGUCAGUUCGUAUGAUAGCAUUGAGGACGAACGCAGUCCGAUCGAUGUGCGCGGAUAUCCGUAUCAUGACCAAAUGCUGUCCUACUCAGCCCAUCCUAUCUAUCCACCUAUCUCAUAUGGUCCUCCCGAUGACCUGGGGCACGGUGCGGGUGCUAUGACACCCUCCGAUGUCUCCUCUUCCAUCUCACCUCCAAACGGCCACAUCAACCACAGCAAGUACAGCACGCAGAUUCCUGGCGAUCACCUUGCUUCCGCCCUUGGCCAGGAGGAGGGUGUCCGCCGUGCUGCCGAAGAAGACCGGCGACGCCGCAAUACGGCUGCCAGCGCCCGGUUUCGCAUGAAGAAGAAACAGCGCGAACAGGCCCUCGAACGCACUGUGCGCGAAACCACCGAAAAGAACGCGACUCUCGAGGCGCGUGUAGCGCAGCUCGAAAUGGAGAACCGCUGGCUGAAGAACCUCUUGACCGAAAAGCACGAAGCCAGCUCGACUCGCAUGGCUCCUCCCCCAACUGACAGCACAGCCUUGGCCUCCCAAGGUACCAACGCUACUGGCCCCGGGCAAAAACAUAUUCAGCCAAAAAAGAAGGGCGUCGGGACCGACAACUGAACUCAAAAGAAAAGAAGUUGCAUCCUUGAUUCUUUUUUUGAGCUUCUUUGUUCCUUGCUUCAUCGUCCUCAAUCAUUUCGAUAUUUACAUUGUGCCUGCGUGGAUCUCCAUGGGUCUUC